UCUCACACCGGUGCGCAACGUUUUGCUACGGUUUCCGGGUUGAACGACAUGUUUCCUUGAAACGGUGUGCAACGGAAUCCAACAGGUUUUAGAAGCGUUUUCUGUUGUUUGGUGGGUGUGUCAGAAAUGUCGGUCCAAUCAGCGGCAAGAUGUAUAAAACCACGCGAUAGUAAAGAGACAGCCCCCUCAAUGGGUUCAAGUUGGAAUGUUGUCUUUCAUUCUGGACGGCAAGGUCAGUGACUGUAACAUCGAGGGUAUUUUACAGUAUUAAACACACAUUUAUAACGAUUUCAUCAGGCUUCAGAAACAUUUAAAAAAGAACACAAAGAAUGGCCUCUCAGCUACCGUAGUUGCAACUCUUGCGUCAUCACAACAGGGUGUUCAAUGCAUCACCGUUUCAGUUUAAUAAACGUUGUGCAACGUUCUGUCGGGGCUGAACGCAGCCCUGGUAACCAUGUCCUGUCCUGUAUCCUAUAAUAGGCUAUAUAUGAAUUUGUUUCGUUUUCUCGUUAUUACAUUUAGAUAAAGUUAGCAUAAGUGCUUAAACUAGUGUUUUUAAUUAAUUGUAUGGUUUAAUCAGACAUGUCUCUGUCUCAUAAACUUCGUUUAUAACUUCAAAGAGACGUUCAUAUAAAAUCACAAACCGUUCCUGUACCGGAAGUUUUGUCGCCACGAUGACGUUUUUUUCACGCUAUUACAUGAAUGCUGCCAUUGUACUGAACGCGUCGAGUCUGAUGGCGUUUCCUCCGGUUUGUCACCUCUGGAGAAAGACUCCCACAAGCUUUAAACUCAUAAACAUCUUCUGUAACACUCAUCGUCUCAACACCUCAGUCAGGCUUUGGCGCUUUACAUUAGCACUUCGACACUUUACAUUUUAUUUGUGUUAAAAAUAACCUCUCUGUCAAUGUGAAUCUCUAAAGGGAUUCUUAAAACUUAUCAAAUAAAUGUAAUUAUAUUUAUAUAGGUUAUUUUUCAGCUGGUAACAUUUAGCCACACAGAUUUACCAUGAAUCCUUUUUUGAAAUCAAGUUUGCCUUAAUUUCAAGUCGAAUUUUUAAUGUGUUCAUUGUUCAAUAUAUUAAUUAUUUUCAGUCAUACAUUUUCAAACAGACUUUGUAAACUCAUAUUUUUUUAAAUUAUACAUUUUAUUUUUAACGAGAAGGAAAUUCUAGAUAUUUAUUUAAUUGUUUAUUUCCAGUUUGGACUAUGAAUAUGUGUCAACAUUUACGCGUUUCUUUACACUGCUUUCAUAUGCAAGCGAUCUCUCGACCAAUAAUGGGCCAGACGGCGCGCAUCAAAGGCCAAAUCAGCCAAUCAGGCGCUUUUGAGGCAAAGCGUGGAGAUAGUUUUUAACAGGGGAGUAUUUAAUUAGAUGGAUGUGAACACUUCCAGCACUUCAACCUCUAGUGGACCGCGAGAUAUUUUUACGGUUCUUGCAGAAGCGCACACGGUUUGGAUAGUUAUCUUCUGGAGUCAAUUGGAUAUUCGGUAUGGCUUCUGGUGCCAGUGACUGUACAGAGAAAAGCAUGCAGUAUCGGGUGGAUCAUUUAUUGAGUGCGGUAGAGAAUGAGCUACAGGCUGGCAGCGAGAAGGGGGAUCCGACAGAAAGGGACCUGAAAGUCAGUUUGGAUGAAAAUGAACUUUGGCAAAAGUUCAAAGAAUUGACGAAUGAAAUGAUAGUGACCAAGAAUGGCAGGCGCAUGUUUCCUGUGUUAAAAGUGAACGUAUCGGGUCUGGAUCCAAACGCAAUGUACUCAUUUUUACUGGAUUUCGUGGCAGCGGAUAAUCACAGGUGGAAGUAUGUGAAUGGUGAAUGGGUUCCGGGUGGCAAACCCGAGCCACAAGCCCCGAGCUGCGUCUACAUCCAUCCGGACUCGCCAAACUUCGGUGCGCAUUGGAUGAAAGCGUCAGUUUCAUUUAGCAAAGUGAAACUCACCAACAAACUGAACGGAGGAGGUCAGAUUAUGCUGAAUUCACUACACAAGUAUGAGCCGCGCAUUCAUAUAGUGCGCGUCGGUGGGCCGCAGAGAAUGAUCACCACACACUCUUUCCCUGAGACGCACUUUAUAGCUGUUACUGCCUACCAGAAUGAAGAGAUUACUGCACUUAAAAUUAAAUACAAUCCAUUCGCCAAGGCUUUCCUGGAUACCAAAGAAAGAAGUGAUCAUAAGGAAUUAAUAGAAGAUAUCAGUGAAAGUCAACAGUCUGGAUACUCUCAAUUAAGUAGCUGGUUUUUACCAGCGGCAGGGUCUCUUUGCCCUUCUGCAAACCCUCACACACAGUUUGGCAGCCCGCUGUCUUUAUCCUCAUCACAUGGCUGUGAACGUUACUCCUCUUUAAGAAGUCACCGGUCUAACCCAUACCCCAGCCCGUACACUCACCGGACAGCCUCUCCCACUGGUUACUCUGAAAACUCUGCUUGUUUGUCCAUGUUACCGUCUCAUGAUAACUGGUCCAGUCUCCAGAUGUCAUCUCACUCCAGUGUACUCCCAAUGGGCCACAGCUCGCCCCCAAACUCUAACUCCAGUCAGUACACCAGUGUGUGGUCCAUGGGGAACUCACCUUUGACCCCAGUGUCUCAGUCUGGAGGGAUGAGCAGCAGUCUGGGCACUCAGUUCCUCCGUGGCUCUGUCAGUCAUUACAGCAGCCUGGCUCACUCUGUUACAGCGCCCUCUUCUGGAUCUCCUUUAUAUGACUCCAUAUCUGUGCCUGAUGUGCAUGAGACGUCUCCAUAUGACAGUUCUGGCCAUGUGCGCAUUCCUACAGCCUGGACCCCAGUCACAGCACCCUCCUUAUAGUCAGCUGACCCAAUGGACUUUGAAUGAAAGCUUUGAACAGCUGAAUUAUCGUUACAUGUUCAUAAAAAGACCCUAAUAUAUGACCAAAGCGGGAUUUUUUGUGAGUUUUUUUCCAGUGCAGGUCUAUCAAGCGCAUUUAUACUCAAAGCAUAUUUAGUCCUUAAAUAAAAUCUCAUAAUUGUGCUGUAAAGGAUUAAAUGAUUUUGUGAUGGUUCCGGUUGUAUUCAUGAGUACUUUAGCCAAAAACAGAAGCCAUAUUGUCUUUUCACAUAUUUUUGUCAUCAUUUGAAUGGAUGAUGCUCUUGUACAUAAAGGUUAUUUAUAGCUUAUCUUUAAAAAUGGUACAUAAGUGCAAUUGUGCAGACAAUCAUUUGUAAAAUGUGUAAAUUGUAAUAUUGUUUUUUUUUUUUUUGACCUCAGGAUUUCAACUAUGCAUCGCUAUCAUGUGUUUUAAUAUGGUCACAUAUCAUUUUAUUUCACUUUAAAUCAAAACAAAAUCGUACACUUAAACAUGUUUGGUUAUUUCAUCCAAGCGUUGGGUCAAAAAGUGAUGAACCCAACUGGUUUGGUUGUAAUUUAACCUAUGCUGGGUUCUUUAAACCAAAAAUGCUGGGUUGUUUUAAUGCAUUUUUUGGGUCAAAUGUACACAUUUUCUGGGUUAAUUUAACCCAGUGGUUAGGUUUGUCCCUUUCGGACAAAACGUUGGCUUGAAAAUAACCCAGCAUCAGAGUAUAUGACACUGUUGAAAUCACAAUGAUAAUAAACA